CAGUGGAAGAUAGACUCAACUACAAUGGUCUGGAUGAUAACACUGUGUGUCCUAAUAUCAGGAUUGGACAAGAUGAUUUGCCAGGAUUUGAUCUCAUUACCCAAUUCCAAUUGGAUACCAUUCCGCUACGGGAUGUAAAGAGAGUGGAAGGUUCAACACCACUUCAGAUUGCCUUCAGACUCGACAGAGAGGCCAACUUUGAAAUUCCGACAAGAGUAAUCUACCCACGAGGGCUGCCGGAAGAGUAUUCAUUUGUCACCACGUUCCGGAUGGUAAAAAACACGCUUAAUAAAGUGUGGAACUUGUGGCAGAUUGUGGAUGAAAACGGCUACAAGCAAGUAGGCCUGAGGCUGAAUGGCAACACCCAGUCCUUGGAGUUUUAUUUAGUCGGCUUGGAUAGCAACCUGCAGACAGUCGUUUUUCGAGGGGUUUCACAGGUCUUUGAUACUGACUGGCAUAAGAUCCUGGUGGGCGUGGAGAGGGACACUGUCAGCCUAUUUGUGGACUGCCAUAGAGUAGCCUCCCAUCCUAUUAAACCAAAGGGUGACGUCAAUGUGGAGGGCAAUACUCUGAUAGGCCGACUGGAUGCAAACCACAAAGUGUCCGUGGUGUUUGAGCUGCAGUGGAUGUUGAUUCAUUGUGAUCCACAACGUGCACAUCGAGAGGCCUGCACAGAGUUAUCCAUACAACAG